CUUUACUCAAACACCAAGCAGAAAUGGCUUCAGGGCUUGGAGAUAACAACAAGAAAGGGGGAAGAAAAGAUCAGUGGGAAGAAAUAAAAUGUCCGAUAUGUUUACAUCAUCCUCACCAGGCCGUACUACUGAUUUGUUCAUCGCACGAAAAGGGUUGUCGACCAUUUUUAUGUGACACAAACAGGCAGCUCUCAAAUUGUUUCGAUCAAUUCUGCAAGUAUUUUUCAGUGUCUCCAUCAAAACCCAGCAAUAAUCAUAAUCAAGAUCAGCCAAAUCAGUUUUUGCCCUGCGGAGAAAAGGGUCAAGAAGUUCGGUGUCCGCUUUGCCGGUCUCAAAUCACUGGAUGGACCAUUGUUAAGGGAGCUCGCGCAUUGUUGAAUAAAAAGGUGCGGAAUUGUCCUCUGGAUUCGUGUAAAGUGUCUGGAAAGUAUUCCGACUUGAAGAAACACGCGAACCGGGAGCAUCCGGCGGCUGUGCCAUCGGAUUCAGACGAUAGAAGGAAAGAACAGGAGAGAAAGUGGGUUGAAGAAGGUUUGUUUGUUGAAGAUCUUGAUGAUUACGAAACGGAUGUGGACUUCUUGCUGGAACAUCCUGAUUUAUAUGAAGAUCUUGUCGACAACGAUGAUGAAGUCAAUGCGGUUUAUCUUAGACCAGGGGAAACAUACAUUGGUCCGGAUGGGGCUGAAAUUUCUGACUGAAAAAAAUUCUCCGGGUUUCUCAAAUUGAAGUUAUGCAAAACGGUUCUUGAUUGAUA